UCAAUGAUCACCAAAAUUUUAGCAUAGCAUGACUAAAUUGUCGGGCUGGCUACGCCACUGUCAACUAUAUUACUAUUGUGAUGAUGUGUAGUAAUAAAAAAUUCGUGUAGUAAUAAAAAAUUCUUAAAAUUAGCUACGGGCAAUAAGCAAAUAUGGUUUAAAUUAGGGGUUGCUUCAUGAAUGUAUUUCUAGUAUCAGUACUUUUUUAGCACAUUUAGCUUGAAAUAUGCGAUCGGGUGUUCGUUGCGUCCUACUACAUGAGCUAUGUGUCGAGCACGCUGUUUACGAUUUUUCGUCAUAACGGCUAAGGAUGUUCUUUAUUUCAAUUCAUCGGAAUGAAAAGCAGAUUUUCGGUUAAGAUUUUUUACAUCAUAUUUAGGUAAUGAAACAAUGACGUCAUGGAAGCAUAUUGCGAUGAAGAUUAUUGUGGUCCUCAUUAUCUUCAUGGUUCCUGUGACAUCAAGGAGGAUAUAUACAUCAGAGGCCCAAAAGGAAGUGGUCUCAAUAUACAAUGAUAAUUUUACGACACCGAUUUCCAGAUACCCGUAUUUCAUUGAAGUUUACCGCUGCAGUAAAAUUUAUUUCCGGGCCUUUUCGUUCAACUGCAUGCUUUACCAUUAUCCUGUACCAGCAACGAUGUCAAAAAUUGAAAUAGUGGUUCCGGACGUUGCCAAUGACGAACGGGAUCCUGACACCAAAAAGAAGUUUUAUAAAUAUAUAGUAUUCAACCACACGUCUUGUACAUGCGGAGAACUCCGUGAGAGGAAACUUUAUAAUACCUCAUCUAACAACCUUGUUUCAGAAAGCUAUUUUAUGAUGAAUUAUCAGAAGAAUCCAAAGAAUGUGCGAAGUACGAGUGAUUAUUGCAAGAAAGCGCAAAUCAGAUAUAAACUCCAUGCACACCAUUUUAUGGCCCUGCCUCCAUAUAAAUACUUUGUGUACAAGCAGUGCCUGCCUGGUUGUGUAGUGAAAAAAAGUGAGCAGAGAUUUAUCAAUACGGUACUUGUUCAUGCAGUAAGUCAAAUAGUCCGCCUGAAAAAUGAUGUGAAAUGCGAAGAAUACGACAACAAAAAGUCGAAAGAAUGCACUCCACUUGCUUAACGCCUCAGGAAUUUGAUUUGUUAAAGGAAAUAUCUUGAUGUUCAAUUUUCAUUCCUGCUGACUAUAAUGAAGACAACUAUUGACUAUUCGUAGAUAUGC